GCCCGCCCUGAACCUGCGAUGGCACAGUUUUGCGUCGGAGACUUUCAGCGGUCCUACACACGGUGAGCAAGUGAAAACCACGACACGGCGCCCGCGCGGCGGUAUCUCGUGCAACUGGAAACGGGAAGCAGUGCAACCUCGAUCCCGUUGGCAACUUGCACCUCCUGCGACACGGCCGCCGCAGCGUAUCUCUUGUGUAACUCGAGCAGCAGCAGAAGCCGUGGCUAAAUGUGGCGGUGCUUUCAACUACUUAAGGUCGCUGGGCGGGCGGUGGGCGCCCAAAUGUGAUAGCAGACAAGUGCAACUAUCGCAGCUUUCCAGCCUCCGUCCGUCCUGAUAAGUUCCAAACACUCUUGCAAGAUCCUCCUCCAUCAUGGGUUCCGACACCGAAUAUCACCGACGACGAUACCACGUUCCGCACCAGGACCAUUAUCGCACCCAACGCAGCAUUGUGUUCUACCACCCGGCCUAUUCCUGGCCUCAGAACAUCCUGUUCAAGCUCCCGCAAGUCGACCUUCUCGACGCCCGCGGUCAACCCACCUCCCUUCACCACCGCACCGCGCUUCUCGCCUGUCAAGUCAUCGCGAACAACUCCUUUCUGACAGGCCGUUUAUAUUUCGACGCCCUCGGCAGGUUCCCAGUCCUCGACCAAGUGCCGCUCGAUGCUGGUUUGACGAGAACUGAGUACUACUACAUCGUCAAUGGGAAUCGUAAGUACCCUGCCCAGCACCCCAACAGAACUCGUGUAUGUCUAACCUUGCGUCUAGCGAGAUAUCGGUACCCAGUUGUCCCAAGCUUCCAGGACUGGAGAUUUCCCCACGAGAGCGUGCCGCAUUGCUGGCCGGAGCCAGACUGUGACCGCGACGCCAAACCGAAGCGUUGCGCCGUGACGGGCCAUUCCUUUGCCGUCCUGGAUGUCCUUGCCAUUCCGAAGGCAGAUAAGGAGUGGUUCGACAUAAACGGAAUGCGUUACUACGACGAAAACCCUUUCGGUCACGGUUACUCUCGGAACCGGAUGCAUGUCCGGGCGGAUCUUCUUCAGGCCUUCAAUGACGAUCUGUUCAUCAUUGUCCCGAAGCCUCGGCGUGUCGAGUCACCCGAGUACGUCGUCCACGCGAUUACCGCCAACGACCCCGAGUUUUGCUCCCUGUACCACAACAGGCCGGUGGUGAACGUUGACAAUGUGAGCCGGCAAUUCCUGCUCGCACGCUUCGCCCGGACAGUCUUGCCACUCGCCAAUGCGUUCAUUGUGGCCGGCACACAUCGCAACGUGGUUCUGGUGGAUAGAGACGCCAACGGCAGAAUCUCAUGGGCUGCCGAGGAGAUAUCUGGAAAGACCCUAGCUAAGCACUACGGGUACCCAGAUCCAAGGAGCCUGAGACUGUCCCCUGGCCCGGUUACGUUGAACCGUGGGAGCACCAGGUCGGACCCAGGGGUUGCCAGUGUGAACCAUCGGAACGUUAGGUCCCUCCCUGGGGUCGUCAAUGCGAACCACCGGAACGUCAGGGCCCUCCCUGGGGUCGCCAAUGUGAACCAUCGAAACGUCCGGCCCCUCCCUGGGGUUGCCAGUAACCAUCGAGGCGUCAGGCCCGCCCCCAGGGUCACCACUGCGAACUACCAGAACGCCAGGCGUGCCUCUGCAGUCACCACUGCGAACCAUCGGGACGCCAGGCGUGCCUCUGUAGUCACCACUGCGAAUCAUCAGGACGCCAGACCUUCCCCCACAGUCACUAUUGUGAACCAUCGGGACCAUCGGGACGUCAUGUCUGUCUCUAGAGUCACCACUGCUAACCACCGGGACGUCAUGCCUGCCACUGAGGCCGCCACUGUCAACCAUCGGGACGUCAGGAUCAGGCCUCCUCCUAGGGUUGUCCGUGUGAGCCAUCUGGCUGGCAAUGCGAGGGUGAGCCUGGACCCCUGGGCCAUCGACCUGGACCCUCGGAGCGUCAGACUAAACCCGCCAACCGGACAAAUUGGCCAGCCGGCCCUCGACUUUCGCGCUUGGUCGGCUCGAAACGCCGCUGCCGCUGCAGACGAGGAAGAGGAGGAAGAGAGCAGGGGCCGGAAGCGCGUUCGCACCGACACCUAUCACCCCCGGGGCUGAUCUCAUUUGUUAAUCUCAGGAUGCUGGAUACGGACAGGGACGGGGCGUUAUGAUUU